AUGCAUGCCACAUACCGCACAAGGAAUCUUGAAGAAGACCAGAACUUCAGCGACAACACCACCAAGCGCACAUUGGCUCUGCAGAUCAGGCCCAGGAGGCCAGCGCUCUGCCCUGCCCUUACAGACUCAGGCGAAGAUCCUGGAGCUCAAGAGAAGUGGAUGAAGGCCACCUGCAAGGAGGCAGCCUACCUGCAGCUUGGCCUGAAUGCCGACCUCGAGAGUAGCUCGCUUCUGCUGUCUCCCUUUGUGGGCCUGGGGAUCGCCAUCGGCUGGGAAUCUGCCAAGGCCGCCAUCAAGAAGGCCUACCUCAGCGCCUUUGGCUCAGGCAUCCGAACGGAUGAGAUGACCAAAGAGAUGCGCGAGGAGUGGAUGCAAGAGGAGAAGAACCAGCCAGUGCCCCAGUCGCAGCGGCAGAAGCUCGACGAGUACCUGACCGAGAAAGAGCAAGAUGGUCCGAGUUUGCAGUCGGUGCUGAAGGGAUUGACCUGCUUGCGCUGCGCGCAGGUGGUCACGGAAGUGUCCGGCAUGAGCAACUUCAAGUGGAUGAUGACACAAGCCAUGAGCCUUUCCUUGUACCACUUCUUGGUCACCGAGCCUGUCGAGACCAACGUUUGCGUGCUGGGCAAGACGGGGCGAUUGAUGGUAUUGCUGAGGAGGCCGCUUAACCCAAGCUCCGAGUCGGCGAAGCUUCUGCGCAGUGUCGGCACCCUCAUCAUGACCUGUACAGCUGCUGCACUGGUUUACUUCCGCAGCAUCGAGCGUCUUCUGUAUUUGGCCACCAACUACCCGACGCCGUCUGUGCAGUCCAAGUUGGCACCUGUUGCGCCGAUCGCUGAGCUCAUCGAUGGCAAGGUAUAUCUUUACACUGCCCUGGUGGCUGUCGUGCUGUGGUUCGUGAACUUCAUUUUCUUCAAAGCCACGCUGAAACCAAUGGUGACGCCGGACUUAAGCUCAGGUUCAUGGUCGAAUUCGGGUCGCUUCACCUUGUAA